CAACGCUAAGAUAGCUAACGGUGAGCCAUUCAUAGCGAGCUAGCUGCCUCAUCACUGGCUACCUCGGAUCUUUCGAGGUUCAUUACCGGUGUUAGUUGUAGUGUGACAGUUGAAUAGAAAAUGGCUCUGCUAACGCCGUUAUUUGCUUUCUUGUACCACCUGCCGCAGGUGUACAAAUGGUUGCUGAAGCCCUACUAUGUAGCUUCUCUCUUCAUGUCCAUAGCCUUUCUAGCUGUCCGCAAGACGCCUGGCAUCUGCGACCACCUUUCCACACAGCGAGAGGACGGCAACUCCUGCGACUUCGACUGGAGGGAGGUGGAGAUCCUCAUGUUCCUCAGCGCCAUCGUCAUGAUGAAGAACAGACGAGCGAUAACUGUGGAGCAGCAUGUUGGCAACAUCAUCCUGUUCAGCAAAGUGGCCAACGUCAUCCUGUUCUUCAGACUGGACAUCAGGAUGGGACUGCUCUACCUGACACUUUGCAUAGUGUUUUUGAUGACCUGUAAGCCUCCUCUUUACAUGGGACCAGAGUACAUCAAGUACUUCAGCGACAAAACCAUUGACGACGAGCUGGACAGAGACACUCGUGUGACGUGGAUCGUUGAGUUUUUCGCCAACUGGUCUCCAGAGUGCCAGUCCUUUGCUUCUGUUUAUGCUGAUCUGUCCCUCAAGUAUAACUGUUCUGGUCUCAAGUUUGGUAAAGUGGACAUCGGACGUUACGGAGAGGUCUCCAAAAAGUAUAAGGUGUCUACGUCCCCACUUUCCAAGCAGCUUCCCUCCUUAGUGCUGUUUCAGGGAGGGAAGGAGGUGAUGCGGCGCCCUCAGGUAGACAAGAAGGGCAGAGCCGUAUCCUGGAGCUUCACUGAGGAGAACAUAAUCCGAGAGUUCAACCUGAAUGAACUCUACCAGAAAUCCAAGAAGCUCAACAAGACCAAAGGAGACAAGGUCAGCCAAUCCCAGUUCCCACCAGUCCCCGAGGAGGACGAGCCCGAGCAGCAAGGAGCCGGCGCAGAGGAGGUGGAGUCUGAAUCCAAGAAGGACAAAUAAGAUGGUUUGAAUCACUCAGCUUUCACUCCUGGAUGGAACUGGUGGGUCCAGGUCAGCUCCUCCUCCUCCUCCGCCUCCUCCUCCUCCUCCACCUCUUCUUCCCUCUCCUCUUCAAAGUGUUCAGUUUGUUCACUCGUGAACCAGAACAGGGCUGGUGUUGCUGUGGAUCAUCGUGAGAAUGAAACAACCUCAGUACGUCUGCCUCUCCCCGGCACCAUUUAACACUAAACCCUGUUAAACCCAAUAAUUCAACACUGGGGCAGCUGCAGUGACCUCAGUCGGUUUCCCCUCUAUAACAGAACAAAGAGAACAAGUGUAGACUUUAGCAAAGGAGCAAACUGGGAUGCAGUAAACCAGCUUUUUGAGGAGGUUGUAAUGCUAAAACCAGCCCAGUGUAUCAGUGUAAGGCCUGGAAAUGUGCUGUGCAGGGUUAUUAGAGUCUACACUGCACAUUUCUGAUGGUUAAAGCUGUGAAGUCUGAGUGACUGCUAAUCUAGGAGUCGGUUCCUACUAAUGAACAGAAAGGGAGCAGUGAAUGUGAUGCCUCUUUGUUGUUUUAGAUUUUUUAUGCAACUAAUUAAAUUAAAUUAGAGUAGAUUAGAUUUUUUAAAAAUCAUUCUAUGAAUAACUGUAAAUUUAUGUAAACUAAGUUAUAACUCAGUGGCUGUUUUGACAUAGAAUUCCUUUGCAGUGUUAAACGGUACAUUCAGGUUCCUGGUAGUUUUGGUUUGAGAGAGAAAUACAAUACAGGAGCACUUGUUUAACAUCAACGCAUCUGCAUGAGUCUACCGGUGUUACUCAAGUUUACCAAUAGUUUGACAGCAUCCCUGUGCAUACCUGUGGACCUGAACGUGUGCUCAUGUACAGACCGAGCUCAAAUACGAUCAUUCCAUCAAUUUCAGUUUAUUUUACAGAUUCCAGCUCUCCUUUGUGUUGUUGCUUUUUUUUAUUCAGUGUCUGUGCCUCUCAGAGAGAGAUGAACAUGACUGUCUUCAGCUCUCAGCAAUGCCUUCAUGGCUAACGUGGGACACAUUUUCUUUUUUAAGAACACUUCCAGAUUUUGUUUCUUUGUUCUUAUGCUGAGAUGAAGAUAAAACAAGUUUUUUUGUGGCAUUUGGUUUAAUUUUCCAACGUUAUUUCCUGCUCGUUAUGAACAUUCCUUAUCAGGAUUUUGACCUUUUUUUCCCUUUGUAGUAGUUAACUGGUAAACAUAUGCACACAUACUGUUUAAUUUUGCUUUUUGAAGACACUGUGAGUUUAUUUCUUUAAUGAUUCUGUUAUUACUAAAACUUGUUUUGUACUGUACACUCCUUGUGACAUUGAUUUGACCUUAUGUUGCAUUUUAUUUGAGCUGCAUUCCAAGGCUUGUAUGUAUAUUUGCUCCUGUACAUGAACGGAGACGUCUGCUGAUAAGACCUCAAAGGUCUGGCCUGUUUUGUUAUUCAUGCAAUAAAACAAUGUGCACAU